AUGGCCACAAAAAAUAAUUUUGUGCAAGCAGCUAUUCCACGCUUUGAUGGUCACUAUGAUCAUUGGAGCAUGUUAAUGGAGAAUUUCAUGUGGUCCAAGGAGUAUUGGCAGGUCAUCGAAAAUGGAAUUCAGCAGCUAGCAACUAGCACAACUUUGAUAGAUUCACAAAAAGAAGAACUCGAAGCUAGAAAGCUAAAAGACCUGAAAGCAAAGAACUAUCUCUUUCAGGCAAUUGAUCGUCUCAUCUUGGAAACAAUUCUUUGCAAAGAAACUUCCAAAGAUAUUUGGGAUUCCAUGAAGAAGAAGUAUCAAGGCUCUACAAGGGUGAAGCGUGCACAACUUCAAGCUUUGAGAAAGGAUUUUGAAACACUAGAGAUGAAGGAAGGAGAAUUUGUCACCAAUUAUUGUGCUAGAACAAUGGAAAUCACCAACAAAAUGCGUUUCCACGGUGAGAAGAUAGACGAUGUUUUCAUUGUGGAGAAGAUUUUGCGCUCGUUGACACCAAAAUAUAAUUAUGUGGUCUGCUCAAUCGAAGAGUCAAAAGAUAUAGAUGCACUAUCUCUUGAUGAAUUGCAAAGUUCUUUACUGGUUCAUGAACAGAAGAUGAACAAAAGUUCCACGGUACAGGAGCAAGCAUUGAAGGCUUCUACUAAUAAUCUUUCCAAUAACCAUAGAGGAAGGGGUAAAGGUAGAGGCCGAGCAAGAGGAAGAGGAGAUCGUGGAGGCAGAGAUUUCAAAGCCAGCACUGAUCAAUUUUAA